AUGGCAGAAUAUCCAGACCAGGAGGAGUAUCUGCUCGGAUUGAGCCAGAUUGACGCCGAACUCAAGGAGCUACUCGAGCAAAAUCCCCCUCCAGCCAUCGACUACUCGAAUCUAGAAGGAUUCACACGUAUGUACCUCAAGAAUGCCGAGCGGGCAAAGGGCCUUCUGGGCGGAACACCCCCCGGGGUUAAGUGCACCGAACUCCAGUACCCAACGCGUGAUGGGGCCUUUCUACGGGCAAAACUAUUCCAACCCACCCCCAGCAGCAUUAUACCAGGUCGGGAGAGGACGGGUAGCCCUCUCGUCAUGCUCAUCCACGGUGGAGGAUUCUGUCUAGGCUCCCCAGAGGGCGAAGAGCAGACGUGUCGCAAUCUCGUCCUGGCUCUGAACGCGACCUGCGUCGCCGUCGCAUAUCGACUGGGACCACGGUAUCCAUUCCCCUACGCCCCGAAUGACUGCUGGGACGCGCUGAGAUGGUGUGCGAGCAAUGCAGCGUCCUGGAACGCCCAUCCAGACGAGGGGUUUGUCGUCGGCGGGUCCAGCGCAGGCGCCAAUAUCGCUGCUGUUCUGGCCCACCGCGCUCGCGACGAGGGUCUCUCACCUCCCUUGACAGGCCUGUACCUUGCCAUCCCGCUCCUCUGUCCGAAAGCAAAGAUCCCCGAACGGUACCGACGAUCCUGGAUUUCGCACGAGCAGAAUGCAAACGCGCCGGUUCUUCCAGAGGCAGCGCUCGAGAUGUUCAUGGGCGGCUAUCAGCCCGACGAGAAUGACUCGGUCAAUUUUGCGGUCUUCAAUCACCCGCGCGGUCAUGGCGAUUUGCCCCCGACGUAUUUCCAGGUCGACGGGAUGGAUCCUCUGCGUGACGAUUCGCUCAUCUACGAAGCUGUGUUGCGUGAGGAAUACCAGGUGAAAACGAAGAUGGAUGUGUACCCCGGCCUACCGCAUGGGCACUGGAGCUUCUUUCCCAUGUUGAAAGCGAGCAUCAAGGCUCGAAAGGACCAGGUGGAGGGGCUUGGAUGGCUGCUUGGAUGCAAACCCGAUUGCUCCAGGCUGACCUUUGGCCCUUCUGCAGGGACUGUUUAG